CUCUUUUUACCACUACUCAAUUUUAGUUUAAAGAUUAGACUUGUGAAAGAUUAUUUCCAGAACUUCACCUAUAAUUAAUUUUAUAGCUUUUUCAUAUAUAUUCCAAAAGUGCAUUGUUCAUAUGCCAAAAACCCAAAUGAGCUAUGUGAAACUUUUUUAUGAUUGAAAUCAUAAUUGUAGCAAUUCUGGAGACGAUGACGUGAGUUAAGCGCGCCUAGAACGCGGGUGCAAUUCAGGAAAUGAGGGGAAAUUCAGGGGAGGUAAGGAAAUGAUAAAAACAGUUUCACCCAGUAGAGUUAGAUUUUUCUAACUCUACUCGGUCAAAUCUGACUGCAAGAUUAGCAUAAGUCCAAAAAUUUCUCUUAUCUCGUCUCUUCGUAUGACCAGCAGACAUAUCCGUGAUCAACCAGUCGAGAUUCGAAAUGUAGCUUCUUAGCGCUCGUGCCAUGAAAAAAACCAAGACAGAUGUCAGAAACUCAGGCCAACAUGUGAAGAGAUUUAAGCCGCGUCCGUCAAUAUGCAAAAUUUUUUCGCAAAAACUGAAGGCACGAGGUCGCGCUCUGAAAAUGUUGCAAUUUUCUGGAGUUGAAGAUCUUCUGCAGUGAACUUGAGUCUCGAGCAUAAACACCGCCCAUAGCUAUUGCUGAAAUCUAUCUGGAACAUUCCUAGGAACGCAAUUGAAUCGUUUUUGAGUUUGUGUGUGUGAGUGAAAUUGCCGAGAUUCUAAAGUCUUCUGAGCAGCGGGGGAUUCGCACUCUUCCACAAAGAGCUGCAUUGCAUUGGGAUGUUCCGUUAGCGGUCUGCGGUAGACAGGUGUCGUGCGAGAGACACACGAAGUGCAUUCGCAGAUGCAGUUUGCGAAUGAUCGAAGGAAGGAAGGGUCAGGGAAGUUGUCAGUACGGUGGACGAUCCAGAAAUCACAGAAGCAGCAGCAAUCGAUCAUCCCGAUGUCAUGUCGAGAAGCAGCAUGAGAGGAGGGAGGAGUACAGAGUGACGGAAACAUGAUGAAGUGCGAAUCCCCGUUUCGACGAUUCAUCUCCAUGGAAUCGCCUCCUCUCAGUGCGGUAGGACGUGAGGCCCAGCUCUCGGCCACGCGCUCGCCCCUGCGCAGAUCGACAUCGGCGAUGACGUCGUUGGAGCCGCCGUCACCACCUCCACCUCGCGCUUCUCUUGCAAUACCAGUAUCACCAUCCUGCUGCUCACCAUCAGCCGCGGCGAUCGAGGCUCAAGCCCUCGGCCUACGAUCGCCCCCGAGAAGACCGAUAGCGCAUUUCGCUCGGGUGGGCCACGAUGCCCUUCAUCUCCAACACCAUGGCCCGACUUUGGACGUCGUGAAUCUGGAGCCACGGCGAUCGACGACAGUCUCGCCCUGCAGGAAAUUACCCCAAAUCGAAGAGCCGCUUUUGACUGCGGUGGGUCACGAGGCCCAACUCGUGAGCCCAUCGCGCUCUCCACGACGGAGGAUCAACACGGCGAGCCUCAGAGAUCAUCUAUUGAAAGACAAGUGCCUCCGAAGACUGCAGCAGCAGCAGCCGCACUCGGAAAUCCAGAGUCAGAAUUCUGGACCGAUCGUCGGUGCAAUCUGUGACGGGGUUUUUGGAGCCCUCCCUUCAAAUCCCUGGGUCCUUCACUUUUCCAGGGAAGGAGUCAAGGGUUCAGCCUUCGAUGAGCAAGUUCGGGGUCAAUUGCGGACGAGCACCCGAUCUUAUAAACUCGGACAUCGGCUGGAGUCGGUGGAUGUGGGAACGUUUGCAAAACUGUCCAGUGCUAGCGUUCACGACCUAAUUAAAUUGAUCACCAACAAGCUACAGAACGUGAAGGUGCACAAGAAAUCCUGCGAGGACCUCUUCUACUACUUACAAAUGCUAGAUGACUCACUGCUCUCGCUUUUCAAGACGCCGGACGUGGCCGAAGCCAACCUUUCACACGGCGUUCACAGGCUGCUGGGCAUGCUCAAGGAGUGUCUGGCAGAUGCUUACGUUUUGGUUAAAAGAUGCGAGAGCAGAAGUCCACUACAUCCCACCCUCGUCAGCAAUGUCCCUGCCAAAUUCCUUGCCGUGGAAGGGGAGAUCCGGAGAAUCACCCCGGUUCUACGUUUGGCAAUCGCCCAGCACCAGGACAACAUGGGGAGGGUUGCAUUUGAUACAGCAAGCGACGAUUUGUCCUCAGCGGCGACGAGACGCAACACGACGUCUUCCUCUUUGGGAUCUUCGGAGACCAAGGACAGGACGAGAUCCUGUGAAAGUCAGGUCCUCGACGAAUUGGACGAGCUGGCUCAGAAAUCUGGCCUGGAUUCCCAUUCUCCGUCCAGACUGAGAACAUUCGUUCCGUGGCGUCUUGACGUGCACCCUCUCAAGAUGCACAGGAGCGAAUCUCAAACCUACUUAUGCAAGGCAUGUCAUCAAGUAGGCAAAGGAUGCGUUGUCAGUUGCAGCCGAUGUAAUUACCAUGUGCAUCCGGGAUGUGUUGAGCUCAACGAGGCCAUUCAACAACUGGAAGAGAUCAGGAUCAACAAGCUCUCGAUGAACGAUGAUUGUAUGAACUCAGACAGAAACCUUUGUGGCUUAACGAGGUGAGGUGACCAGAAAAUGCUCUGCUGUGGCCUACUCUGACACCAGGAGCCGGGCCCGCCUUUCCAGUUCUUUAAGGUCCAAGCAAUAGGUCCACAUUCGUCAAACUAAGAAGCUAAUUGGACACAUGGACUGACUUGUUGAUCCGUCCACUUAUAAAACGAGUCGACGGAUUGGAAGGCAUGAUCAAGAAAACAUAUACAUCUAAGAGCAAGAGAAAUUGGGUUGCGCACACGGCUGUGCCGUGGAAGAAUCUCCUUCCACCAGGCACAAGAAGUGCUGCGCGUAGAAGAAGCAUCGUAUAUUCCGGGGUCAUUUCUGAUGAUAGAUGGACCUUGGCCCUCAGCUCUUGAGAGUCUGUGUCCCUACAAUGUCCAGCCGUGGGACAAAAUGAAUAAUCAAUCUGGCGUCCAGUGUCAAAUCGAAAGCGGAGGACUAGAGACCGACCCACCGGGCAGUCAUCAGAGCCACGGAAGCAUCAGGCAACUAGGAAAAGGCCAG